CGCCGACAGCACCGCGCGCUCCCUCUCGCUGCUCUACGAGUCCGAGCGCAUCGGUGUGGCCGCCUCCGAGGAGCUCAUACGUCAAGGAGAGGCACUGAAGCGUACAGAACAAAUGGUUGAUAAAAUGGACCAGGACCUGAAGACUAGUCAAAGGCACAUAAAUAGCAUUAAGAGCGUUUUUGGAGGCCUGGUUAACUACUUCAAAGCCAAACCACCCGAGAACAAACCAGAACAAAAUGGAAUGCCUGAAUAUUAUGGCAGCAAUAGAUUAAAAGAAGCAAUGAUGUCUAGCAAAGAUCAAGACCCAAAAUAUCAGGAAAGUCAUCCGAAUUUAAGGCGCCUAGAUAAUUCAGAUAGUGAUUUCAGCAGCAUAGAUUCGAUUUCUUCAGUGCAACGGGAUGCCUAUCCAAAGAAUCAAUGUCUGCAAGCUUACCACAAAAAAAUUGAUAACAACUUAGAUGAGAUGUCUUCUGGAUUAAGCCGUCUGAAAAACCUUGCUCUUGGUCUGCAGACAGAAAUAGAGGAGCAAGAUGAUAUGCUGGAUCGGCUAACCAAAAAAGUAGAGAUUCUGGACAUCGGUAUUAAAAGCACUGAUAAAAAAAUCCGACAACUUUAAAGAUCUAACAAAUUUUUGUCCAGCAUUAGUUCUUCUCAGUUGUCUUUUCUCCGCAGAUCUCUUUAAAAAGAAAAACAAUCUUGGAUGAUAUAUAUAUAUAUAUUUUUUUUUUUUUCCCCUGUUAGGCUACUGAUUUUGUUGACAUUAAAAAUGUAGCAUAAUACCUUAAAUUUCUUUCCAGUGUACAUGGGAAAAGUGCAUUUUGAGCAAAAUCUCUCAGUACUGUUAAUUUUUGUGUAUUACUGUGCAUUGGGUACAUGGAGGAGUCCAGAAUCUACAAAGUUUCAGUAUCCCUGGCCUGAAAGCUGUGAUGAGAAAAUUAGCUGCAUUUUGCCUUUUUAGUUCCGGGAGGGGCAGGGAGAACAGAAUGUAUUCCUUUGUUCAGAUCAAGCAUUGCAAGUUCUGUUUACCUACAGCUAUUUUAUAUGUUGAAAAAAUGCCAAUUUCCAGCUGUACAAAUAAUUCUGAAAUCACUGCCUUCUGGCAUUCUUGGGGCUUAAGGAGCUAACUGUUCAAUGGAAGGCGUAAAAGGUAAACUAUCAACAGUGUAAUGCAAGAAUGAUAAAAUCCUGUGGUUGUUUUUGUUCCUAAGAUGACUUUUUCCAAUGAGCAGUGGUAUUUAUAGUGGAUCACUGGAUACUAUCAGCUUUAUGCUAUUUUCAGUAAAAAUCAGUAAGGGUAUGUUAUGGUUUGCAAGAAAUGUUGAUUGGCAAGUGCCCAAAAAGUUUGGGUAACAAAGUCACAAUUUAUGCAUAUGUACUUCCUAAGAUUCCUAUGUAGCAAUUGUCACCAUCUGCUCUUUUCUGCCCUUUCUCAACUUAGUUAUGUAGGUGGUUAGUUUCCAUUUUUAGAAAUGGAGAGUUGUUCUGCUACUAUGCAAACAGGUGAUAGGAAGUCAUUCCUUAAUUUAAUAUUUAUUUCAGAUAGAGGUGAUUCAGGAGCGAGCAGAUGCUGUGUUCUCCUUGAACACACCUUGAGUUUUUAAGAAGCUCAACUAUGAUGCACAUACUCCUGUAUUAGCUUUAGCAGAUACAAAAAGUUCCCGUAGAUGAAGAAAAGUUCAAGUUUUGAGUCUUCCAGAUACAAGUUGGGUCUUCUAUUUCAUUUUAUUCAUUUGUAAAUACAGCUGUGGAAUAACUACACUUCUGCUCCAACCUGAAGACGUGACAAUGAGAACUAGAUGUCUCUCUUGAAAACAAGUAAUUUCAGUCUGGAGAGAACCUGUGUCAGUAUUGCAAUACUUGCUAUCAAAACUGACAGUGAAAGGCCAAGAAGAGAGUCACUUCGUGCUGAUGCAAUAUUCUCUUAGUUAAUAUCACUAAGGUGUUUAGGACUACCAAGCUUGUAUCUUUCAUGAGUAUCACAUUCAUACUUUUUUUUUUUUUAAAGGGAAUGCCUUACAUUGACUUGCUAUAAAGUUCACCCAACAGGCUAAAGAGACCUAAGAAAACUUGACCAUUUCUUGACUUACUAUAUCUCUGGGGAAUUCAACUCUAAAGACAAUCACAAAAAACCCCAAAACCACACACUUCUAAAGCAUAGCGUUAUGAAAAGUACAUGAUAGAGUUGUGAAUUAGAUGGAAGGUGUGCUUCUGUUUCUCCUAAUCUUGCUACUAUCGUUAAUUUAGUCCCUAAAAAAGAUAACGCUUGCAGAGACUUAAAACUGCAUGAGCUUUUGAGCAUGAAAAGCAUUAUUUGCUUUCACUUUAAGAUAUCAUUUAUACUAAUAUGAAGUUUUGAAAAAAAUUAAUGUCAAUGUUAUGAUCCCCCUUCUUGGUCAAUGUCAUAAUUAAUUUUCUUUAACUGUUAGAAUAGUCAUGAAUUAUAUGAUCUAAUGCCUUGAGAAGGUUUAGAGAUUUACUAUACUAGUCAUUAGUUAUCAAAAUCUGUUAAGCAUGUCAGUGAAGAAAUAUUGCAAUUAUGAUUGUAUUUGUACUGAUUACAUAUUUUACUCACUCCCUGUUUCAUUAAUAGGGUAUAAAGAAUGGUUUUUUUACUUAUUCCAGUGCUGAUUAACAGAAACAUUUGCAUCUUAAAAAGGAUUUGUAAUAUCUGUCAAGAACAUAAGAUAUUCAACAACAACAAAAAACCACCACAGUAAAUAACUCAGUGUAGGUUGAAAUCUGCCCCCGCUUAUAUGCAGAUAUUUCAAAAUUAAGUUUUUUUUUUCCAAAGUCAGACUUCAGUAACUUGGAUGUAGAUUGAGGUUUUUUCCCCCCACUAAGUUUGGGUUAGUGGAGGAAAAGUGUAGCUAGAAGAUCUUGUUGUAUUACAUGAAAUAAAUGCAGAGCUUGAUUCCCAACUAAAAUUUUAGUUUAUUUAACUGAAUGUUGUCUUAACAAUAUGUUGUCUUUUUGAAGUAAGCUCUUUGGUUUUUUUUUUUUAGUUUAAGUUAAUUUACAGAAUGAACUCAAUUGUUUUGGUCAACAGCUUAGUUGUAUCAGCAUUACUAAAUGUUUUGCACAUCCUGAAUGUCUUUGGCCUUGAAAACACAGGUAAAGAAGGGGAAUAAAAAGAAAUUUUUAAAAUCCCUAUUUCUGCUUUGAGAGCCUUAUAAUCCAAGCAGACUAAAAUCUCCAACAUGCAGAGGUUAUACAGAAGUCUGACUUCUCAUGUCUUUAACAAUUUAAUUCAUCGUCUCUGUAACACGUUGUAAUGCUAUAAGGUGAUGGGGAAAGCACAGCAACAAUAGCAGGGUGACAAAGUCUUUAGCUGUAGCAAAUGAGAACAAGCCUAAAUGCAGCAGCAGCAGACAAAGGAGAAGGAAAACAAAAAACAACAACAAAAAAAUAGCUGCUUACCUUUUGAAGGCUUCAGGAAGGAAAAAAUCUCCAGCAAAAUACCCUUGCCUCCACUGCCAACCCUUAAAUGAGGCCUGGGAAUGGGUGGAUCCUGGCUCCAACUCCUCAGGUCACUCAGGUACAUUGUAUGCACCUGAGCUCCUCUGGGCUGACCCUGCUUUCCCAUCAGGUGAUCUAUCACUGCUUCAAACUGUGACUUAUCAUGUGCACUAUGUGUCAUUAUUUUCUUGCUACUUAGGCUUUUCUGUUCUAUUUAUUAAUUUUGUUUUGUUUAAUAGCCUUUUUUAAAUGAUUGCUUCACAUGUUGAGUUUUCUUUCUUACGGGAAAAAAUGUUGAUGGGAAUUAUUAAUAUUUAUUUGCUACUAACUGAAUUACCUUUCUCAACUUUCAUGUUUUAUGUUUUCUGUUGAUUUACAUGAAGAAACAACAGUAUUUUGUAUGUGUGAUAUUUUUUUCUCAUUAGAGUCACUUUUGCUCCUGUGGGAAGGUGGAAAUUCCAAGGUAGGAAAAAAAAGCACCGUGAUCUUUGCCUUUCCAAGAAAUGUCACCUUAUAUAUGUAAUGACAGACUUUCUGUAACUUUUUGUACUCUUUUCUGUAAUGAAGUACAAUUUUAUUUCUUUUUGGAUACUGUUGAAAAACUUACUUUGUAUGAAGUAUAGGACUUUCAGAAGACUCAAGUGCUAACUUGAUAAAUUGUUUUGUCUAUACGUUUGUGUUGGCAUAUGAAGUUGAUGUUCUUGCAGCAAAAUAGCUCUAAUCAGUAUUAUUCCUAUUGGCUUCAGUAGAAGCCUAAUACUAAGGUCAGAGUAAGAGAGGAAAACAUUAUUUUCAGUCUACUUUGUAAAAGGAUACAUAUUGUUUCUCAGAAAGUUUGCUAAUAAAUUUUGAAGAGUUGUUAAACACUGGGAACUAGCAUACACUUUCUAACGUAAUAAGAUAUAUGCUAAAAACAGGAAGGAGGAAAAAAAAAGUGGGAAUAGUCAGAUAUGUUUACUAGUUUCCUCUGUGUGUAUGAUUUGAAGUUGCUUGAGUGUUGAAUUAAAUACUGUAACAAAUUAUGCAUAGCUGUAUUUUAGUCCGUGCUACGAAGAUGUGUUGCUGCGCCUGAACUCUUGUCUUACCGAAAUUACUCAGACACUGUUCUGUGCCCUGUCAGGGUGCACGAAGUGUGCUAUCCAACACUUCAAGGAGAACCUACUGCCUUUAUUUGGGUUAUAUGUAAAUGCUCUCUAUGUGAAUCUGGUCUUUUCCCGAAGAAGGUUUUACAGUUGUUGGUGGUGUUUGUUGUUGCUUUGAUUUCUAAUAUGCGAAAUUUAUCUGAAAUAUUUUGCUGCCUAAUAGCUUUUCUGAAGUGAUGUUGUUUGAUAAAUGGUGAAAUAGAUAAUACAACCUCUACCUUCUGAACCAAUAGACCUUUAUAGGCAUUUUUAGAAGCAUAGCUUUUUUUUUUUUUAAACAAGACUUUAUGUCUAUACCACCCAGGUAUAUCACUUGCUUUUUCUUUUCUUUAAAUGUUAAAAUGGACUGCAAUUUAGAAGAUUGAAUUAAACAAGUACUGAGUGGUAAGCUGGUUAAUAAAGAUGUUUAUUGUUAAUAGA